GACAGCGGCUUUCUGCUCGCUUUGGGGGGCUUCAGGCGCGCGCGGCUCUCGUCGCCGCCACCGCCGUCCAUCCUCUGCACCCAGCCGACGGGCGGAUGUGACGUUUCGGGCCGCUAGGUUGCUGCGCAGUUCUCUGGAAGAGAGAGAGAGAGCGAGAGAGAGCGAGACGGGAAGGCGCAGCCAGGAAGGACUCGUAGUUGUGGUAGCGGCAGCUCCAGGCGGCACUAACACACACACACACACACCCCGCCCAGGCUUGGCACCCUCCCGCCUCAGGCCCCGAGAGCGAGAGAGCGACAGCCGGGCCGGGGCCGCCGCCGCGACGAAGCGCCGCAGUCUGGUAAGCGAAGGAGCGGGCGCCCCCCCCCCCGCAGCCCCUGCCCUGAGGGGAGGCCGAGGUGGUCGGCCGUCCUCGUACCUGCAGCUCCCGGCCUCUGCAGCCUUUCGGGGCCGCGGCCAGAACAGCUGCCCGGCGGGCUCCCUCCCCUCGGCUGGCCUAGUCGCUCCCCGGCGGCGCUGCAGUCAGUUCCCUUGCAAGGCCCCGGGCGAGGGAUGCUUGGCCGAGGCAAGGCCGGGGCCGCAGACUCGCGCCCGCGGGCGACCUGCAGCAGCUCUGCUCGUCGCGUUUUCCGGGGGCGAUCCCCCCCCCCUUCUCCUUUCCCUUUUUGCACUAGCCGUGCUGCUUAACGGCGAUGCUUUGCGGGCGCCUUAACUCUCCCCAGUCUUUCUCCUUCUAUUUUGUGCUGGGGGAGGGGGGAGAGGUCACUUUAAAGGCUUUUCUCGGCCUAGCUUUAGAAGCGGGGGCGGCUGCGUCUCUUGCACAGAAAAGGAUCUGCCCAAUUGCCCUGGAAUUCCUUGGGCCGCUUACUUUUCCCCGACGCUCCGCGGUGACAAAGAAAACGGCGUUUUAGGAUUUAAACCGGUUUGCGCUUAUUGGAGGCGGUCGCUGAGAGAGACGAUCGCGCCCGUUAUACCUACCGGCUGUGUCUUUCAAGGCUCAGUCUUGACUAACGUGGGUGGGCUUCGUGGGUCUCGCGUGUUUAAUGGCAGCAGGCCUGUCUGUGCACGCUGACAUGGAGGUGGCUUCCACUGAAAGCAGUUGAUGGCUUUUUAACAUAGACAUGUGGACCAGAUUGCACGGCUAUUUUCUUGUCACCCUACGGUGCCACUUAAUGCUUCCAAAUAAAUAUGCAGGAUUGGGCUGCCCAUCACUUCAUUUUAGGCAUAUGUUAUAUAUGCACAUUGUGAGGCUUGCUAUGUAUGUUUCGGAGCAGUUUGCCAAAGAGGUUCAAGUGUCCUUGCAAUAUGUCACUGGCUAACUUGUUUAAAGCAGGUCCAAGUCUUGUCUUAGCAGCCAUGUUCCUUAAACUGGAUCCUUUAAAUAUCUGUUGGACCUUAGUUUCCAUAUUUGGGUAUACCAAUUCAGGUUUCAUAUGUGCACAGAUAAGGCAGAUCAUCCUUGAAAUGGCUCUAAGUCCAAAAAUCAAAUACAGAAUAUACAUAAUGAUACCCUCAUGAUGUUUUCCUUAAUUUUUUAAUCCAACUUGCUCUAUAGUUAUCGCUAUAAUAAAAAUAGAGCACUUGAAGGCCUUUUAGACUGAUUUGCAGUAGACUGGUAGCACUUGUUCAAAAUACUUUUUAAUGACAUUGUAAGCCAAAGAAUAUGUUUGUGUUGUCUGUUUUAAUUAUUAUCAAGUGUGGUUUGAGAGUUUCCUUAAUAACAAUAUUUGCCUCUUGUCUGCUCAUCUUAAUCUAAUCUCUAGGAUUUAAACCAUAUAGUAAUGGAGAAACAUUGCUGCCAUGUGUGCUGCCUUGAUUUUAACCUUACUCAGAAAGGGAUAGAUUGGAGUUUGCUUUGUUUUUUGAAUACAAGCUAACAGGCAGACAAUUAAAGUGUCCUCACAUCUGGCAUUUGAGCUUUUCUUUUUCUAUAUUUGUGCCAUCUAUAUCAUGCUUGAAUAAACCAAAUGCCUUACAUUACAACUUAGCUUGUCAUUGUCAUAACCCUGAGCAGUAACUCGUUUGUUUCUGUUAGUUGUUCUUCACUAUGACUAUACCCUUUCCAGCUGUUUCUGCUACAGUUUUCCUUUUUGUCAAUUCUCUGGCCAUUUGCAUUCAGUUCCAACUUCUAGGCAGCAGAAUAUUACUGUUUUUAGUUUUGUGGUCAGCGGAGCAGUCAACCUGAUUUUCUUGAUUUUGGCCUGAUUAGGAACCAGGUUAUCUGAUUUGGAACCAGAACCCACCUGCAGUUGACAGCCAACUUAGGCCUUAAGACCAUCUUCUGAGGCCCUGCUCUCUAUCUUAUCAAUAAAAGAAGUAAUGAUUAAUACCAAGGACCAGAUUCUUGAUGGUGGCCACAUAUUUGUGGAAUUACCUUGCUCAGAAAAUACUUGUGGCCUGAUUAUUGAAACUUUUAAAGAGAAAACUUGGCCAUUUUUAUUUCAUUCUGUAUUUUAAAUUAAUUGGUAUUGUUUAUUUUAAAGAGAUAAUGUAAUGUGGCUUUAAUAUGAUGGUUUCAUAUGUUAUGUUUCCACUGAGAAACUUUGUACACUGCAUUGUGAAUGUCAUUGUGUCCUGAAAGUCAAGUUUUGAAAUUCUUUUAACUAAUGUUUCUUCCCUAUAACUUUCCCCAUCUUUCAAGACCUACUGCCACUCUAGUCUUGUCUUGGGUUUUCAGGGUACGCACAUAACUUUUAACGACAUAUGUUCUUCUAACACCUAAACACAUACAUUUUAUUCUUUAGGUUGCUUAUUUUUUGCAAAGACAUGAGGAGGAUUUAAACAUAAUCAUAAAAAUGUAAGAUGUUGAUAGUAGCACCCUACUAAUUUGACUAGACUUUCUGUCUUCUCAGAUAUAAUCUUUUUAGAGAAGCCUAUAAUUGUAAAUGUUAUAAAAGUUUGAAGCUCAUAAAACAGCAGAACUUCUCAAACACUGUUAUCUGUGGGAUACAUGCAGUUCACCCUUCAGGCCAAAAAGAGUCUAGAUUUUUUUUUACCCAUAUACGUAUGCUUUCUGUUCAUCAAACAGCUUCAUCUUAGCUCAGUUUAUCCUACCCAGUUUCACUACUAAUUUCAUCAAAAUGUUGUAGGAGGAUUAUUGGCAGAAGUGGUAUUUAUACACUAGAGGUCAGUUUCCUUGUUUUCUAAUCUAUGUAUUAAACAUAAUUUAUAGACCACUUAAUCAAAAGAUAAACAUCUUUAAGCAGUUUGCAUAAAGUAGAAUAACUAAAAUGUUUAUUUAAAAAUAACAUCAGCAAGUAUACAUUUUUUUAAAAAUAAAUUGAGUACACUUUCCUAAACAAAUAAGUUUUUAUCAGAUGUCAGUACAGUGAAGGUACCUGCCUGAUGUUAAUAAGCAGAGAGUUCCAGAGUAUUAGUGCUGCACAUUUAAGAUUGAUUUCUUGCUGAUAUAGAAAUGAACAUUAUAAGAAUUAUCUUGCAUUUAAGGCCUCAAGCUGUGGAAGAAUCAUCAUUGACCCACUUUUCUAUAAUUUUCUUCAGAAUUAUGGAGGUACAAUGCUUCUUUGUAAUUCUGUUCUGUAAACUAUUGUCACUAGGUUAGUUUAAAUGAAUAUUUUUGAUUAUGAUUCAAAUGGUGUACAUUCUGGUCUUUCAAAAAAUGCUAGGGCCAGACACAACUUUACCAGCAUUUUGCAAUGUAAAAUUAUUAUUUUUGAUGCUGUUUCCCUUAUGCCCCAGUCUUAAGUGCACUGAAGGAAAGUAGGCUCUGUUGAUAUCAGUAGACUAAUAACAUAAGAUUUCUGCAAUCCAGAAGAGCUAAAUUGCUCUGUAAGUACUCUGAAAAGUGUGAAAAGCACUCCAGUGAUUCAGUUCUGAAAGGUCUUGAGUUGAAAAUGAAGACACAGUUAAGGUGCUUACACAUCCCUCAUAUUUGCACCCUUGAGUAUUGUGAUCAGUGUUCUACAACUGUAACCUCCAAUCAUUUCAAACCUAGAAUCGGCUUUCAAUAAUUGCUUGCAACACAGGCCAAAACGUGGUUCUUUAAGCAUACACGAAAAUUGGGCUUUUCUCUCUCUAGUUACCAUAUGUGACUGAGAACAGGGAUACUUACUUUUAAAGAAGUGGAAUUUUGGCAAGGAUAGUUUCUCAUGAAGGGGUGAAAGAAACGGCAGCUGCCUCAAUUUCUUCUUUACACAAAUUUUAAAAGUACAAACGCCCUAUCAUAGCUUGCUGUUGUCAUGCAUCUAUUGACAACCCAUCAUUAACUUUAAGCCAUAGUUCAUGAAGUUUAUGAACUAUUACCCAUAAGUAGUCUGGGGGACAUAGCUUCGUUUCCAAAAUGAAAUGUGUAAGCUUGAUCUUAUAUGCUGUAGUGUGUAUUGAUUUCAAUUACAUGGAUGGUUGAGAAAACCUUUCCACUUGCGCUGUUUCACCUGUCACUGAGAUUAAUCAUAGUUUGUUUCUCAUGGGGCACCAAACUGCAGUUAAUCUAAAAUGGAAGUGGAGGCUUGUGGUCACCUUCUUGUCCCCAUGCAAGAGGAGCGGGAAAGCACUCAGGCCAGAGGCUUGUUCUCAUAAUACUGAACCCUGACUUAAACUAUGCUUGAACACACUCACACAUCGUGGUAGGUGAUGCCACCGGUGUCUCACCUUAUAUUUGUUGUGCUCUACUUCUUGACUGAACACCAAGAAGCCAAACUAGCAGUAUGUUUUGCUUAUUUGUUUAGUACAUUUAUAGUCCACAUUUUUCCCCCAUCAUGGAACUGCAGGCGACAUACUGUACAUAGAGUUCCCAGACACUUUCCUAGCCAAUCAGCCAUCCUGCUGAAAACUGCUCAAUUUCUCCCAGAUAGUUGCAUUAUGUAUUUCACAUGAUGGCAAGACAAGUCUUGGGUGACUUAAGGAUGGGAUCCUAAGCAUGCUGUAAUGAGUAAGCCCCAUAGGUCACAGUGGGGCUUCUUUUUGCUCUUGGCAGACACCUUCUUUAUAUGGGACAUCUUUUUUUUCAAAAGUAAAACCAGACUAUGAACCACACUUCAAAAUGUAGUGUCAAAAACUGCUUGUCUCAUCUCUGUCAAUUGUGCUCAUCUACAGUGCUUUAGACUGCAGUCCCAAGCAUACUUAAAAGGAGAGCAAGUGUCAUUAACCUUUUGUGCUACUGAGUGAAUAAAUGUGUUUGGGAUUACACCAUUUGAGGUGUGCCAUUUUGUCUACCUGUUAUAAAUUAAAGACCACUCUUGAGAAAUGGUUCUUUUUUUUAGAUAGCAGUAACAACUGUUGACAGUUUUAUUGCAUCUCAUGUAAUACAUGCCCAGAUAUCAUGAAAGGUACAUAUAGCCAUAUAUGUUAACAAAAUAUUAGUUGCACCAUUAAAAUAAAGAACUUAUUAAGAGGGACUUUGUGGCAAGCACAUGCCAGAAUAAUGAAAAUGUAGUUGAUAAUAUUGGAUUCCUACUGCUUCACAUUUUAGUUGAACAUUGAUGACUAAGACUCCCUAUUCUUUUUCUAUACAAAUGCUUUCCCCCCUAUAGUUUCCGAAAUCAUGAAUCCUGUUUAUAGUCCUGGAUCAUCUGGGGUUCCCUAUGCAAAUGCCAAAGGAAUUGGUUAUCCAGGUAUGUAACUGAAUCUCUUAAAUGUAUUACCUGGGUGCUGUCUAUUAAUCAAACUGGACAUUGUAGUAAACCUAACUUCAGGAUGCAUUGGUGUAGAGUAGUAGUAGUUACUCCCAAGUAAGUACCCGAGUGACAAACUUCACAUAUAGCCUGUGGACUGCACAAAUAUCUCCAGAGAGAAAAGUGGACUGUGUGUUGUCAUGUCAGAACCACAGAGGCAUUUUAUUUGGCUGUAAGGGCCACCACAAAUAGAGGAUUGCUCUUAGACUGUACCAUCUACCAGAAUCCAUAAGGUCAAGGGAAUGUACAAUGCCUGCAGGGUAAACCUAUGUCUAGGCAGAGAGCUGUGCUGAUAGUUUCUGCCCUUUUGAGGCCACAAGGAAUGGGAAGGACCAUGUAUAGUGUUUGGGUUGGGGGAGACACUUUUUCCUACCUCUGCAUUUCUGAAAGCUGCAGGUGAUUUGAACCUUAGUUUAAAUUGCUGGUUUCUAACUGUUUUAGCUUAAACUAACCUUUCUUAUAUGGCAACAUAUAAACAACUUAAUGUUUCAUGCAGUUUGAUUAUUAUUAUAAUUAAUUUCACUUCUAUACCAUUCAUAUUUUAAAGAAAAAAAUCUCAAAGUGGUUUACAACACAUUGAAACAUCAGAUAAAGCAAUCCAGAAUAAAACAUGUUCAAGCUCCAAGGGAAAUACUUCAGAUCCUUCUCCAAGUGACAUUUUGCUUUUGCAAUAUUUAUUUACCUACUUAAUUUAUAUAGCUGUUCCAUAGCAGAAGUACUCUAGGAAGCCAGUGUGGUGCAGUGGUUAGAAUGUUGGGCUAGGACCUAAGAGAUCAGGGUUCAAAUCCCCACUCAGUCAUGAAGCUCACUGGAUGACCUUGGGCCAGUCACAGCCUCUUAACCUACCUCACAGGGUUGUUGUGGGGAUUAACAUUCAGGCUAAGGCCACAAUUUGGUUUUUCAUGAUGUCUGAACCCGGCCUGUUUUGAACUUGCUUUUUAUUUUGAAAAGAAUACAUACAAAUAGAAAAAUGCUUUGGAUGCAGGCUUAACCUUUGUCGUGUAACUAACUGCAGAUAAGAGAACACAGGAAGGGCCAUAGCUCAGUGGCAGAGCAUUUGCUUUCUAUUCAUAUGGUCCUAGGAUUGAUCCUGGUAGAGCUGGGAAAGAUUCCCUGCCUGAAACCCUGCAGAACUGCUGCUAGGUCAUUGUUUGGAUUUGGAUUUGAUAUCCCGCCUUUCACUCCCUUUAAGGAGUCUCAAAGCAGCUAACAUUCUCCUUUCCCUUCCUCCCCCACAACAAACACUCUGUGAGGUGAGUGGGGCUGAGAGACUUCAAAGAAGUGUGACUGGCCCAAGGUCACCCAGCAGCUGCAUGUGGAGGAGCAGAGACGCGAACCCGGUUCCCCAGAUUACGAGACUACCGCUCUUAACCACUACACCACACUGGCUCUCAGUGUUGACAUUACUGAGCUAGUUGGGCCACUGGUCUGGCCCGGUAGCUUCCUGUGUCCCUAACAUCGUUUUCUGCCAGUGCAUGUCUUUAAAGCAUUGUGCUUUUCACCCUUUGUUUCUCCAUGUAGAAGUGCUUAGUUAGCCAAAAAUAGUCUGCUGUUGCUGUUGUCUCAUUUCAGGCCAUACCAUUGAAAAUAUACAUUCGAAUGCUAUUGUAAAUUAUUAUUUUAUAACUCAUUAAAAUAUCUCCCUAUUUUAAAAAGUAGUUGAGAGUGAGAAUAUUAGGGGUGACUUUAAUAAUAUUUAGAGUUUUUAAUUUUUUUAUUUACCUUUGUGUUGCUUUCCACAAAGAACUCCUGAAGUGACUCAUAUUAAAUAUGAAACUACAAAACGUAGAGCAUACAUCAGUUAAAAAUGCACUAAAAGGUUUGUCCACAAAAAUGAGUCAUAAAGCAAAAGACUCCCCCACCCAGCAGCAGGGUUUAAGGCCCUGUUGCUGAAUUUCUCGUUUACACACAUAGGCUCGUACAAACCACAAGAGUCCCUAGUAUCAGUGCUACUUUGUAAUCUUAAAAACAGUUCUCUCGAUACAAAGGAAAAGUGCUAUACUGGGUGGUAGUAAUAUUGAAGGUCCUAGCAUUUACCAUUUACUGUGUAUUACGUGGAUGGGAGUGCUUUACAGCCCUCAUCCUCUAGCAUCUAAAAUACAGAUAAUUGGACUUUGGAAUUAGCAGAAUGCACGUGGUUGCGUAUAACUGUGCAGAGGUUAUUUUUUUAAAAAAAUAUUCUAGAGAGUUGGGGUGGCUUUGCAUUGUAUAGGUUAAGGAUAAACACCUGCCAUUCUGUAGCCUAUGCAUCUGGCUGGCAUCCACACCUGACCACAACUUCCUGAUGCAUGGACAACAAACACAAUGAAAUAGAUCCAUAGCCGUUUCAUAUGUGGCAAUGUACUAUAUAAGAGGUAGGCAACCGAAGGCCCAGGGGCCGGAUGUGGCCCAAUCGCCUUCUAAAUCCGGCCUGCGGACGGUCCAGGAACCAGCAUGUUUUUACAUGAGUGGAAUGUGUCCUUUUAUUUAAAAUGCAUCUCUGGGUUAUUUGUAAGGGCUGCCUGGUGUUUUUACAUGAAUAGAAUGUGUCCUUUUAUUUAAAAUGUAUCUCUGGGCUAUUUGUGGGGCACAGGAAUUUGUUCAUCCUCCCCCCCCCAAAAAAAUAUAGUCCGACCCACCACAUGGUUUGAGGGAUGGUGGACUGGCCCACGGCUGAAAAAGGUUGCUGACCCCUGUACUAUAUAAUACAUUUGGUUUAUUGUUAAUGCCUAUCCUAUGAAGAUCUCCUCAGAAAAGUGGCUACAUUGCACUGUAUAAUUUCAACCUCUUUUUGGCUGACUGAAGCAGUUUUUUUUAUCUUUGUGCAGUUGGCUUGGAAGCAUAGGGGUUAGAUGGCCAUGAUUAGACAUGUCCUGUAGCCUUACAGCUGGCUAGGGUUGAGGGGUUUAGAGUCUAACAGCAUCAGGAGGGCACGACAUUGGAUGCCCCUGGUUUAUAGCCUGAAGCCUCACAAUAUUAAUCAUGGGCUUGAUUACAUCACUGAGAUAUAAUUGAAAGAAGUCUUGUUCACCUUAUUUUCAUUAGUUGUAAGCUUGGAAAACAAUACAAGUAGAUCAUUGGAGGUAUUUCUAAAAGUAAUUUUCAACUGCUUUCUCUUAGCUGGAUUCCCAAUGGGCUAUGCAGCUGCUGCUCCUGCCUAUUCUCCAAAUAUGUACCCUGCAGCAAAUCCUACAUUCCAAACAGGUAUGUAUGCAGACAUGUCGAAGUCACCAUAUAAAGCAUUGGGUGGGAAUAGUGAUAUUUUUUGGCAUCUGCAGAGCAUUUCUGAAACAAAGAAACUGAGUAGCCAGACUUUUUGUUGUUGCUAUGUUUGAGAGAGGAGUGUGACAGACAGAGGUAGCAGGUUCAUCUUUCCCCAGCUCCAUGCUAGGUACUGUUGCAUCCAUGGCAUUUGUCUGUCAUGUACUCUGGAAAGGAACAUGAUAUCUGUGAGAAUUAAUUAGGACAAUUCCACCGCUCCCGUUUCCUAUUAUAGGCCUUGAUUCUGGGAGGCAUGACGCUGUGGGUUGGAAUAUGAUGUUAAAUGGCCAUCUGUCAUGGAUGCUUUAGUUGAGUUUCCUGCAUUGCAGGGGGUUGGACUAGAUGACCCUUGGGGUCCCUUCAAUUCUUUGAUUUCUUCCCUCUGUGUGUCGAAGGCAACCUGGUUCCCUGUUGAGAGACAUGGGGAUGGUAAAUAUUGGGUAUUGCCUGCAGUAGGGUUCUGUGACUAGGUGCUCAUUAGAGGGUGAACGUGCAAGAGAGGGUUCUGCCUCCUGUGUACUCUUCCAGUUGAUGUUCUUCAGCCUAGUUCCCACUCUCACAUGGGUAGUCUCCUUGGCACUUGCAAUUGGUUAUUCACAUAUUGAGGAAGUUAAGACUAAACCUUAUCAUCCAAUGUAGGGAGUUGCAAUGGAACACUAUCUGCAUUUUGUUUGUUCUGCUUUUUGUCUUUUGCUCUUAUCCUGUGAAGAUAAAUGAGUCAUAAGUUUUUGGCAGUAAGAUGGAGAGGAGUGUUGGGUAUUCGCCAACAUGUACUCCAUGUUCCCUUCUUCGUGCAUCACAGAGUUUACUGGCGUUUGCACAACGGGGGCUUCCUGGUUACACUGUGUAUUCUUUCCUUGGUAUUCCCUGCAUGUGAGGAUACUGCUACAAUCUAUUGGGUAAUGGACUGUUUGCCAGUGCACAGUAUCCCUGAUUGCUGUUGCUGGGGGUGGGGUGGAGAAGGAAGGUGCACUGCAUAGCCAUUAUUUUUCUUGAUUAUUGGAGCAAAAGGUGGUUUGAACCAAGGUCCCCUCACAGUGUGGGGCAUCCCUCCAUUUUUUAAUCAUUGUGCCUUGUCCGUCCAGCUCCACAUCCUACCCAAUUUUAGAAUUAGCCACCAUCCUCUUGAACACCUUGCCCCCACCCCCGGGGGUUUUAGCAACCAGGUUCAGAUCUGUUCUGGAUCCAGGAUUAUUGUUUUUUGCUCUGUGUGUAUUUGUAUUCCAAGAUCUAAAGAAAGUUCUUGUAAGAUAUUAUUACAAGAUGAGUGUUGUUCGUUUUCCCUGUAUCUCCCCAUCCCUCCGUCGCCCCUGAAGUGCAAAACUUAGUGGAAAUAUCACAAUGCUUCUAGCUAGGUGAAUGGCAGCUAUAUUAAAAUAGUGCUAUGCAUCAUGGUUAUCAGAAAUCUGUAUAAAAGCACUUCAAAAUGGAUUGUGUAAUCUAACUUCAACCAUAAUCAGUUUUGCAAAGUGAAUAGACUUGUUUUGUUUUAUUUAUUUGGUUAUAAGUAUAUAUACUUCUAUUUAUAAAAUAAAUAAAUAAGAGUGGUUUAUAACUAUACAUAAAACCAUACAAAAAAAAUAAAUCCAAAAUUGGCUAACUAUUGUGGAAAGACGUAUUCUUAAUUGCCCUCAUAAGCCUGACAGAACAGAAAAGUUUUCAGCACCUAUUUAAAAGCUGAAACAGAAGGGGACCUGCUGAAUCUAUUGGCAGAGUAUUCCAAAGUUAUAAAUAUUUGCUGCCUCGUAUUAUUAUUUUUAAUCUGGUAAAUAAAGUGCAACAUUUCUGUUGUGCUUUACCUAACUUUACCUAACUGUUGUGCUUUACCUAAAACCCAAGUACUAUAUUGACCAACCUUAAUGCCUGCACUACUCUUUGAUAUUCUGUUGUUGUUGUUUUUGAUUAUUGAAUUGUGUGUGGUAGCAGGUUCUAUUUCACUAGAAAAUUUAAUGGAUGUUACUAAUUCUUGUGGUUUAUUAAUCUGCUUGAUUGUUAGAAAUUAUGAAAGCAUGUAUGUGCAUUCAAACGGCUUAAUGGAAGGCUCACAUUUGUGCCCAGGUGUGUUAAAUAAAUCUGAUUAAAGCUCAGCAAAAAGAUUAAAUUUGUUUUUUUUCUGUUUAUAGGUUAUACACCAGGCACACCAUAUAAAGUCUCCUGUUCACCUACCAGUGGUGCAGUGCCUCCCUAUUCUUCAUCACCCAACCCCUAUCAGACUGCAGUGUAUCCGGUUCGAAGUGCCUAUCCACAGCAGAAUCCAUAUGCACAGGUAAAAAGUAUAGAUUUACUGUUUGCAUUAAUUCUGUAACAGCCCAGGAUGCUAUCCUUCUCUACUCUGUUAGUGUUUUCUGUAGAAUCAGUGUGUUGUGCAGAAAGUUUUGACUUUGGUUGCUCUUGCUUUACAUUACUCUGUUAGGUUACUGUACUUGUGGGAAUAUCUGAUUUCUCUGAGCGUUAUCAUUCUUGGAAAUAUGUGGUGAUGUUAUUGUUUUGGUAAAUAUGGCUGCUGUGUGGCAAGGCAUAGAAGUUCAGUAAUGUAGGCCACGCAUCCCAGUAUCAGCAUGGAAAUUUUAUAAAUCAAUUCUUUAAAAAAGGUUCAGUUGAAUGAUCUGAAGGAAGGCACAUGAAACAGUAAACUUGCUGCAGCUAAGGAGACCUGGGUCUGGCUGGUGCCUGAGUGAGAGACUGCUUGAGAACCAUAUGUAUGUUGUCUCGAGUACCAUGGAAGAAAGAUUUGCAUUUAUAUAAAUACUAAAUGAGCUCUUUUUAAAAUGGGGCCUAAAAAUAAGUAUCAAGAUGGAUAAAAUUACUUGCUUCAGCUGAAAAGGUUUUUUCUGUGCCUUCCACCCUCUCCUCUAGGUUCAAUUUUCACAUUUCCUCAAAAUCUCUGCCUACAAAUAACUGAGGUGUAAACCUGCAACUGAGCUUUGCCACUCAGAUGGCAAGUAGGAACAUUGCACACAUUAAGACUCCAUGGAUAUAAAAACACAGAUGUAAAAAGCUAUAUAUAAUCCUUCCCCUGGGUGUCUAGAUUUCUGUGUGCAAGGAAUCUUUUAGCUUUAUGCAAGUCCCCAAUUGCGGGUGUUGUACUUGACCAGAUUCACAUAUAAAUAUAUACCUAAAGCUACCUUCCUGUGCACCCUUUCCUAACAGAUGUCAGAGACAAACUUCAGACAAAAAUAAACAUGCAUAGAAACAUGCUUGUGAAUGAACUCCAUCUUUAAAAUGCUUGUUUUCUCUUAAGAGAAAUAGUUGCAAAUACAAACAAUAGACAUAAACGUCUAGAUUCUGAAUUACUGCCUUGUGGCAUGCAGGGUGAAACAAAAAAGAAAGAUAACCCUGCUUUAUUAAACUAUCCCAAAGAUUUAAGCUGAUAAAAUUACAGGAUCUCAGUAGAAAGGUGAUCUUGCUUUUUGGAAACAAAAUGUGAGACUUCAGGUGUGAGAAUAAUGACAGUUCAAUUAGAGAUUAACAAGGCAAGUGUUGUGGGUUGGUUUGUUUUUUCAGGGGUCCAACUCCCACCUGAGUUGUAAUGUCAGAGGAGGAAAGAGAUGUAAUUUUCUGCCUUUGAUCUCUCUCACACACCCCACCACUCCAAUUUAUAUCUGUGGUCUGUACUUAAUGGUAUUUUACCUGAAAUAGUUUUGUGUGCCCUUUUAGGUUGCAUGCAGUGGUGGCAAGGAUUUUACUAAACCAACUAUUUUUUUCCAACAGCAAGGCACUUAUUACACACAGCCUUUAUAUGCAGCACCACCCCACGUAAUUCAUCACACUACAGUUGUGCAACCCAAUGGAAUGCCAGCAACUAUGUACCCAGCACCAAUUCCGCCCCCCAGAGGAAAUGGUGUCACUAUGGGAAUGGUGGCUGGGACCACAAUGGCAAUGUCAGCAGGUAAAUAAAUUUUUGUUAUACUGCAUUCUGGACCAGGGUCAGUAUUUAGUGUCACUUGAUAGCAAUCAGUGUGGCCAGUUUGAUAUUGCAUGUAAAUUAUCGUGCAACUUGUGAUAAGUGGAUAUUGAAUAUCUGAACUUUCUUGGCUACCAUGACUGAGAUCAAUACUUUUAAAAAAUGCCACUUAGGACUAGAUCCUGUAGCACUUGAGUUUCACAAGUUAAUGUGCAUUAACUACUCUAAAAUCUGCUGCCCAUACACUUGAGUGGUGGUUGGAUUUUAACUUGAGACUUUGGCCUGGUUCACACAUCGCUUAGUGUGGGGGUUCCAGGGGCAAAGAUUGUGGCCACUUUACUCUUCCUUGGUUAUUCUGCCCUGAGUCAUGGCUUGAUUUAGUGUGUUCUGUGAACCAGGGGUCAUGGUUUAGCUUUCCACAGACUAACCACAAUCUGUUUGCCCUAUGGUUUACACAGCUUAAGGUCUGUCCAGGAGAGCUAAGCCGUGAUCCCAGGUUUAGACAACAUGCUAAACCAAACCAUGGUCACAGCCAGUAGAGCAAUGGGGAGGCACAAAGUGACUUUGAUCCCCUCUCUCAAAUCUCACACAGUCAUGUGUUCCUUCAGAGCCAUGAUUUGGCUUAGUUUGACUUGUGAACCAUGUCACCCAAUUCUACUGAUAAAUUUUAUAUGAAGCAUUUUUAUACAGUGGGGAAAUACUGCAAGCUGAAGAGCUGCUCAGAGGAUGUACUUGGGGCAGGGAGUGGGAGAGGCUAACUAUCUUCCUAAAAACCUUUCCUGUUCCGUGUAACUCAUGAUGUAGCUUCAUGAGACACACUGUCUCGGCCCCGAACUAGGAUGAUAUACCUGCCUCUCAGUGUGUAACUUUCUCUCCUUUUUUUGCUACAAAAUUGGGGGGGGUGAGCAAAAGGGACACAUGGCCUUGCAAAACGAUGUUCCUUUUAAACCCUAUGUGACUUGCCGAUCAGAAGGUCGGCGGUUCGAAUCCCUGCGACGGGGUGAGCUCCCAUUGCUUGGUCCCAGCUCCUGCCAACCGAGCAGUUCGAAAGCAUGUCAAAGUGCAAGUAGAUAAAUAGGUACCGCUCCAGCGGGAAGGUAAAUGGCGUUUUCAUGUGCUGCUCUGGUUCGCCAGAAGCAGCUUAGUCAUGCUGGCCACAUGACCUGGAAGCUGUACGCCAGCUCCCUCGGCCAAUAAAGCGAGAUGAGCGCCGCAACCUCAGAGUCGGCCACGACUGGACCUAAUGGUCAGGGGUCCCUUUACCUUUACUAAGUUUUUAUAGAUAUGUUGACUUCUAAAUUAAAGCAACUUUAUUAUGAAAAUAUUCUUUGCUCCUCAGGUACCUUGUUGACAACGCAUUCCCCAACUCCUGUAGCCCCACACCCAGUUACAAUGCCCACCUAUCGGGCCCCAGGAACGCCAACCUAUAGCUACGUGCCCCCACAGUGGUGAUUACCACACAGUGUAAGUACUGGCAUGGUUGUAUCAAACAUAGCAACGUCUUUGCUAGAGUUCUAGCACAAGUCACAGGAUAAGUUAUAACUUUUUGAUAGUAGGUGUGUUGGUAUGUGUCACCUGUAAAUGUCAGGCUUGGUUAUAUGUUCUUAAACAUUGCUUGUUUCUGGGAAAGAACGUUUUACAACCACAGCGGUUUGGCUUUCUGAAGAGUGUCUUAUAUCCAUGUAUAGUUUUUCACUCUGUACAAAAGAAAUUUAAAAAUAAAAUGAAGCAAGAUUUAUUUACCUGGUUAAAGACCCACCUAUGUCGCUUUUGUGCUUUGGGCUCCUUGGAUGAAUACUUGGCAGAGAAAUUUUUGAAUUCGGCAUUUGGAUUCGGAACUGUGUGGGCUUCAGUGGGGGGUACUGAUGAGAGUGAGCUUUGGCUAACAUCUGCACUGCCUAUUAAUAUGAUCCAGCAGCACAUGGAGUUCCCUGAUGGAAGGGUCUCCCUCAUUCAAUUUUCCUGACUAUCUUAAAGUUAAAACAAGCUUUGAGCAGCUGUUAACUGCCUGAAACAGGGCAUUUACUGUUGAUUUUUGCUUUAACAUUUUACAUAUAUCUCUUUGACUGAGGAUCUGAUUACUCUGCUAGAAAUGUUCUGAUCCAUUUGCAGAAUCUGGCUGUCUUGAGUCAUGGGGUUUUUAGGCUUUCUUGUAUAAGUUGGAUAGAUGAGCUCUGAAAGUGAAAUCUGCUAGGUUAGAUUGAGGAGGCAGACAGAAGAAUAGGGCUAUCUUUCUGUUGAGCAGAAGCUAUGAAUCUGCCAGUUCUUGGUGAGUAUAUGGAACAAGGCGAGUCUGAGUGCAGAAGUAACUAUUAUGUGCCACAUUUGAAUUGUUUCUAUAUUUGACAUUGCAUAGAUCUUGUUACACGAGGUCAGACAUUUACUUAGUUGCCUUCUUACCCUUCUUUGAAUGUAGGUUUGAAGAUGGGAGAUAUGCAAUCAAGUAACUGAGGUUUAAAAGUUGGUGCUGAAGCCCUCAUGCCUCCAACCAGGACUUAUUUCUUCUGAAUGCUUGCAAUCCUUUGCUAAACACUAAUUCCACAUCACUGAAGAUUUCCCAGUGCUGCAUAUCUUACAUCUUGGAACUCCAGCAGUUAGUCUUAAAGCAAAUCCUGUUUUGUGGACUGUCUUGCAAUUUUUAGCUCAUUAUAAUGAUUAAAGGGAGUAUAAAUUUAUUGAUCAUAUCUAGUUGAAUGCAUGUCUAAGAACACACAAAGCUUGCUCAAUCUACCUGCUGUGACUGAUGCAAAAAAAAAAAAAUGUCAUAUGCAAAAUCCAAAGGAGCCGAAAAGUAUUUUACAAUUUGUAUCACUAAUGCACUGUUGUAAUGUAUGCAGGGUCUUAAGAGGUAGAAUUGUGACAGUGAUUUUUUUCAUAGAAAAACAUAAUAUACAUUAGCAACUUUCAGUUGAUGAAGGCACCAGUUCAAGGGGGCACUGUUAAGUGAUAUUUUCCUUUCCUAGUUCAGUGACUGGAAAAUUAGUUCAUAGUUUGCAGAGAAUCAGUUUACCAAGCAUACCUUUUUUUCCAUUUCCUUUUUUCUUCCAGUGGGAGGGGGGUUAGAUUCAGUGUUGCAUAAACAUUCUUAAGGACAAGAAUGAAAUUUUGCAGGAAGUGUGGUUAUCAGUGGCAAAAGCAGCUUGUCUAUAAAUCAUCAAGGUAUACUUCAUUAGAAUAUUAGGUGGAAAAUCUAUCUACAUAAUGGCUUGCCUCCUUUUAAAAAAUCAAAUCACAGUUUUAAAUGAUAUGUCCAAAAGAAAUUUCCGCACUUCUGGUAGAAUCAGAUUUCCUUUGGUUCCAAUCCCCACCCCACCCCAAGAUAAUUUUUCUUACCAGUCCUGGUCAGCUAAAAAAAUUUCAAUUUCAACCAGUUUGCUUUUGUAAAAUGUACUAAUGUAAAUAGGAAGGAAUUCAACUACAUGUUAGAUAUGGUAAAGGCAAACAAGCCAUUUGAAAAUAUUUUACUUGGCUUGGUUUCCUCGCAGCAUAGAUUAUGAACAAAGUGUGGUAGGAGUUGUCAUGAUGGAAGAGUUCCAAAAAUGAGUACUGAAUUAGAAAGUGAUCAAGUACAAAGACAUUAAUUAGUAUUUUGGCAUAAUCUCCUAUCAUAUCCUUAUUGCUUCCUAAAUUGCAUUUAGAAGACAGUAAAUUAAGAAAGCAGAUGCAGUGUUUCAUUGCAGCGAGUGACUCCUGAAUUCCUUGCCUAUGACUUUUAAGUUUUUAUAAAAGUUCCUAAGUCAAUUCCGUGGGGAGAUAGGGCUAGUCUUGGAAACCACUUGUGUACCAAAAUUAUUAUGAGAUUUUAUUUUUAGUUUAGUUUCAGUGCUAAAUGCAAUCAAGGGCUUUCUUUAAAUUGGCACCAUUUAGGUAAACAGUAACAGGACAUUAUUUUCCCAGUAUUUCCAGCGUACAACAAAUUGUGCUGUAAGUGGUUAUAAAAUGUUCCGUUAAAAGUUGGUAUUUGUAUGUUAGGUUAUAGUGUUGGUAGACUACUCAAAAAGCUUCUCUUUUUUUAAUUGUGAGAUUGAGUAUCCCUGUACUUUAUUUUGGGAUGAUCAGUUUUUAAAUCGCAUUUGGCAGCUACUUCUGUGUAGUAUGCAUGCUGAUUUUAAUGCUGCCGUCCUAUAUUUUCCUGGGGCAGGAGGGUUCUACAUCUCGUAUCCUUGUAGAGGUGAGGGCCUUGAUAACUUUAUUUUAUAAUAGACACUCUUCGUGUUUUUGUUUGAGCGUAAGGUUUUAUAAAGUUAAUUUUCCAAGGAGCACAUUGUAGAUGGCCCCCUUGAUCCAAAUGCCUUUAGCACAACAAAAAAUUAAGAUAUUUAAAUUUUAAUCUUGAGCACUUGUUGCAGUUUAGAAAGUCCCAUAUGCAGAGAACAACAACAGCAAAAUCCUACCCCUACCAUUUGGAGUCUGUACUGCUUUGGACGAGUCUGCUUAGCUAUACCAUUUGUGAAAUUGAUCUGUAAUUCUUAUUUUCAAAGUGCUCCACAGACCUAGUGAUCAUCCAGUGUGGGCAAAUGUCCAUUUUAGCAAGUUUAGAAUAAAAUAUUUCUUGCCACAGAUAUGAGCAUUGAAAAUACGGCUUUGUUGGGGACAUGUUGAAAACAAAUGGAAGCACUGCUGCCUUCAGUCUCUUAAAUGCUCUGAACUCUCUUCAGCUAAUGCAGCACUUUGUGAAUGGUAAGGACAAGUUAUAAUUUAUUCUCCUCAAGCUUCAGAUUUCCAAAUGCUUCCUCUUGCUUUUUUGGACACAGUAGUAGUAACAGCUUUCUAGGUGAUCUCACUUGAGCACUUUUUUCUAAGUUGUGUUUUGGGAUUCAUCUGCAAGGGGGGGGGAUAGUACUUUUUGCAAAAGAUACUGCACCUUCCAGAAAUUCUAAUCUGUGGGUGGGAGGGAGGGAGAGGGCAUUUUUUGGGAGGUAGUUCCAUGCCUCCAUUACAGUCAAUAGGGAAGUAACCAAAAGCACAGUGAUGAGGGGGGUGUAUAUAGCUUGGUAUAUUGUUGCAAAUAAUAAAAAGCAUGAAUAUGAAACUGAAAGUUUGUACUUCAAGUGGGUUAUAGGCAGCAGGAGGUGUUGUGGAAUUCUUUCUUCUGCUGUUUGUUCCAUUCCCUGUUUUAGAAUUCCUGGGCGGGUGGUGCGCAUGGGUGGGUGGGGUAAAACCUCAAAUUUUUAGUACGUGGCUGCAUUGGAGCUUCCCAGAAAGUUAUAAAGGGAGCUAAUGCAGUGUAGACAAGGCUCAAAUCAAGCUGCUUUUUCAAAUGAACGCAGCCUUAAAUGUAAUCAAAAAUUACAGCAAUAACAGAAAACAAAAGGAUCUGGGCUUUUAAACUUCAAAAGUUAUGUUUUUGAAUAAUGUUCAAAGUAUCAUUUAGGAGACGUUCCCAAGGUAGAUAACACAGCGUUCUAAGUGUCUCUUUUUUAAAAAAGAGCAAAAUAGCAAAAUAGUCACAUUCUAUGGAAACAUCAUUUGCCUAAGAAUUGGUAGAUUUAGUCAGUGGUGUUUAGCACUAACCUACUGACAGGAAACUAAACCUCAAUUAUUAAUCCUGAUUAUAAAUGUGUAACUAAAAUAUUGUUGAAGGCUACAGAAAUUCAAGUACUCUGACAAGCUCAUAAAGUAACCAUGAAAGGUAGCAUGAUGCUAUAAUGGAAAUAUUGUUUGGUGGGAUUCACUUCAGCUGAAUUCCUGUAAAUGAAAAGCCACUUAGAAUGCAACACUUGUAAUCUGGUUAAAUUUUAUGGAACGGUAUUUGCAUAGGGAUAUUCCAUGUCAGCCAAUGUUCACAGAUCUUAAUUUCUGUAUAGAAUUUUGAAUUGAUUAGGCAAAUCUUUCUCCUAUGUGUAUCAAAUGAGCAGUGUUCCUCUUGGUUGAGCACAGUAUUGUAAAGCUAGCUUAAUUUGUUUUAUUAAAAUGCAGGGAAAUUGGAUGACACUGUUCUACGCAAAGCAGAAUAUCUAAAUUGCUUAUAUGAAAAUGGUGAGUUGGCACUGUUAGAUAAAUACACGGUAUUUAGCGGCUGCUUCUGAAAGAAGUCGGCAUCCAUAUAGAGGUUUUAACUAACUUCUUGAUAGUUGUGAAGGCUCACCAUAGCAUUUUCUAUCGGGUAACUCUGCUAGAAUACAUCAAAUAGUACAAAUGCCAUUUCUGUCUGUGCAUGUAAAAUACUAAGCCCCAAAUCCAGAGUUCGGUUGUGGGGGUUUUCUCCAUGGGUGUCUGCACAUGGAGCUUUUUCCAAGCCCCUUGCUUACUAACUUGAGUGGUGCUGUAUAGAUACUACUUUUUCAGCCUGUAAAACCCCCUUCAUUCUGAAGUGGAGAAGGAAGGUUGUGCAGGCAAGGAAACUGCAUGUGUGUCUUGAGUCACCUGUGAAGGAUCUCUUUAGUCAGGCUGUAAGUCUUCAAUAGAAAUGGAAGGGAGAAAAGCUACAUAAGCAUGUUUUUGCAUUAAUAUCUCAAACCACCAAGAUUUUUGAACUGCCUUUCCAGGAUAGUGAAGGCAGGGGGGCAUCUGACCCUUUCUAAUGUGACUUGGAAUACAUUUUGAGUAUCACAGUGUCAGGAGCCAACUUAGUGUAUCAAAAUAUUCUAAAUAGUUUGACCUCUAAUUACCCGACAUGAUCUGUGUGGUUUUUUCCAAUCUGAUGUGACUUUUGAGCACUUAGCAAGCAAACCGGGGAAGUUUCAUUUAGCUUGCUGCUGUACAGACUUGUUUUUAGUAGAAUGGAUUUGUUAGUGGGAUUUUAUUGUAGUGCUAUUAUUGGCUGCCCUUGUGGGGUGAAAAGGGGGAGUGCAUGCAACAGAGGUGCAAGAGGCCCCAGUAAUAGUGUUUGUUAUGAAAUAAGACACAGGUUUCCUUUUUUUAUAACUUUUUUUUUUAAAAGAAGACUGUCUUAAAGCAGUUGUAUUGGUACUUUUUCCAAGUUUAGGUCAAUGUUGUCUUCCAGAACCAGUUUAAAGCAUCAUAUCUGCAUUGAACUAUUGCAUCAACACAUAGGAGUGGCAAUUUCAUUCUGAGCCAACUGUGUAAAAUUCAUUUUUAUUUUUAUGCAAUCCAAUGAGUAGAUGAGCUCAGAGUUAAAUUCUUAAAAGCACGUUUAUGUAACAGGAAUUGUUAUGUAUUAAUACUUCAGUUUUCAAUAAAGAUUGACUGUGUUGCUUAUC